AUGCCGACUUCGCCGAGUCCCAGCGCCUGGCUGCGGAGCGAACCCUCACGGCGCGGAAGGAGAUGGAUGCCAACCUCUUUGGCGCCAUGCUGGCGAAAGCAGGUGCGCACAAGAUGGAGCAGGGAGUGUCUGACAAAACCCGGCACCGCGAGCUACUUCUCAACAGGCCCCUGGUUGAGCGGAUGGCUCAGUCGGGCUUCAAGCCCGAGAAGACCGUUGAGAUGCUCCAGCAGGUCCAGGCAGGUCCAGAAGUCCGGCGGGGACCUCCAGAGCUCUGAGUUCGGACUCGGACGCAACGCAAGCCUUGUGAGGCCGCGCCCCGGGCGCCGAAGCUCUGAGCCUUGA